CCCCUCCGGGCCGAGUGGGUGCGGCCAGCGCAGCCGCGAGGGUCGGGGUCACUGCGCUGCACCCCACGGACCCGCUGCUUGGCCCCGGAGCCUCGAGCAGUGCUCGCCGCGCCCCUACCCAGCGCACAGCCUUCGCGCCGGCCGGGGACCCCGCGGGACCCGUUCCUCGAGCCCGGGGUGAUGCCGCUCGGCCUGGCCGCCCCGCACGAGCGCAGUUCCUGAGACCAGUGCACGGAGCCGCGGAGACCCCCACACCCACAGCAGGACCCUGAAUCGGCCUCUCUUCUCAUAGCUGACCACUGCUACCACCAGCCUGUGUCCCCUGUGUGGACCUGUCCCUGUGCCACCUCUCAGCAGCAGACCUGGGAACAUUAUUAACCCUGGGGAUAUGAUAACAUCCACCACCGCAGAAAUCCUAGCCCUGUCCUGAGUCCGUCAGAUCAGCAACCCUGGGAUGGAACUACCUCAUCCUGACUCCCAUCCCAAUUGGGAAUUUCCUGAGUUGGGAGUCACUGAUGCAGCCCACCAAAGGCCCCUGUGUGACCUGUCAGUAUAAAUGUGCCCCUGUGUGCCCAAAGAGACUGGCUUCCAGGCGCUGGAGGUGGCUCUGGUUGGUUGGCUCAUUUUUCCUUUUGCUUCGUGUUCCUGAGGGCCAAGUAUCCAUCCGGGACCGAAGAAUGAAGGAGGGUGUGUUCAACAACAGCAGCACCAGCAUCUCCCAGGCCAGGAAGGCUGUGGAGCAGCUGAAGAUGGAAGCCUGCAUGGACAGGGUGAAGGUCUCCCAGGCAGCCGCGGACCUCCUGGCCUACUGUGAAGCCCACAUGCGGGAAGAUCCGCUCAUCAUCCCAGUGCCUGCCUCAGAAAACCCCUUCCGGGAGAAGAAGUUCUUUUGUACCAUUCUCUGACACCCAUGGUGAUGAAAUGUGUCCUUUUCUGUUGUGAAAUCCUGUGUAGAGACCAUGCAUGCUCUCGCGUGCCACCCACACCCAUCCCAUCCCUGCCCAACCUAUCACAAUCUGGGCUCAUCCUGUUUUAUCAUAUUUUCUUCAUGACAUAAAAUUUCUUCUUCUUUUUUGUUUCGUUUUUCCAUAAAAAAGAAAACAUUUUUAUAGCCAAAUAACAAAUGUGCCAUGUAAAAGUAUAGAUUUAAGCGUUUACAGUUUUUAAGCAUUAAUUCCCAAGUGUAAAUACGUCAGGUUAAUAAAUUUCAGUGAAUAAUUUAUUGAAAUAUAAACCAUGCCCACGUGUCCCCCUGCACGAAUAGCUCAGUAUCAAAUGAGAGCAUUUAGACGUGCUGGCCUUUGCGGAGGAGCCUGCUCCCUUCCCCCACCCCAGCCUUCCCUCACAGGACUGGGACAGGUCUCUUACCAUGUCUUCAGGGUGCAGGCAACCAGGCCCUGGGGGUGGCUGUUGUCUCCAUUGCUUCUCCCUCACCAUUCCAGAGCCAGGCCCUCUACCAAUGCAUCUGUGUAGAUACAAGGGCAACCCUGACCGUAAAUCCUCAUCAUGACAGCCAACAAGGUACACACUCCGGUGAGACCCACUGGGCCAUCUCCUUACUCCAAAGGCCAGUCUUCAUGCCUGCUCCCUCCUACUUGGUAUUCCUGGGGGGCACAGCACUGGGCCCCUGGGGUCUCAGCAGGGUAGCCCCUGCCCUGCAGGAGUGAAUCAGAGUCACCAUACCACUCACCAAUCUUAGAGUUGAUGGGUCUUAAUAUAUUCUAACUUAUUGUUAGACCCUGAGUGUGGGUCUGUUUAAAGAAAAGGAUCCCAAGGCACAGACAUAUGUUAGCCAAAGGCUACAGACAGGAAGUAAGCAAACCAGGAAGUCCAUGCCAGCAGUCUAGCUCCAGAACCCUCCCUGAAUCCCUGAACCGUGACACCUACCAGUUGUGCUGAUCCAGAAACAACCCAAAGCGGACACUAGGAAGCUAACCGAACACUAGGUCACAGCACCACUCAGCUGCGCACUUUUUUGCUGCCUUUGCCAAAAGAAGUCUCCCAAGCCCAGAUUCCAGCAGUUUAUGAAAGACAGUUUGUGGGUACCCUGAAGACCUGAUGGCACUUAGCCUGUGGGCCCUCUAGAACCCCUUGUGCCCUUCUGAUUGGGGGGCGGGUAACAUAGUUGCUAAGAGCCCAGUGAGGAAGUAUGUUCUGUCUUGUGUAUUAGGAAACUGCCUUUCCUCUGGCUCUGGAAGAGGCCUGCUGUGUGCUCUGGGCAACAUUGUACGCCCAGCUGUUCUAACCAGCAAAUCUGAGACAAUGUUAAUUACCCCUCCUGCUUUCCUGCCAGGGAGGCCAUCAAGUGGGGUUCAGAUUAUCAUUGAAGACCAACGCCUGCCACAUGGCAAGCAGUCGAGUCAAGAAGGAUGUGUGAGUUAAAUAGACAACAUGGUUCGGGUGAUAAAGACUGUAAGAUUGCCUCCAGAGAGGCAAUUACGAUUUUCAGAUCAAUUCAUGUCGCGGCCCUUGUAGAUGGUCUUGGAGAAGACCUUUCAGCCUUUGUGGAACCAUCCUUAGUUCAUUAGUGUGUGCUGGUAAUGCGGUGUUUCAGGGAAGCUGUGUGCAGAGUUCAGCAGCCUGUACAUGAGGUGAGAGGCUAAGAUUCUGUGUGGCUGUGGCAAGCGUCUCUUUAUUCUGUAGCUCAUUGUUGGGUUCAUUAACCCAACAGAGUGAACCAUGGUCCACAAAAGCUGAGGAAGUGGGACGUCACCAAGGAGGGCAAAGUCAGGCCAGGAGAGCGCUUUAAUCUCCCACCAAGUAUUUCUCCCUGUUUGUGCACUAUCCUGAUUUUCAACUGUCUUUCUUAUAUUCCCCCUUGUCCACCUGCAACAGUCCUGGAAGACAGUCCCACUCCACCCCUAGGCUCCGUUGAGCUUCCUCACCCCAUCCAUCUCUCUACUUCUCCCUUCUAGCUCUCUGUUAAUUCUUUGAGUCUCUGAGCUCCUUCCAGUAAACUCAUUAUUCCAUGAAACACCCUAAUUGGAUGUAAAUACUGUGUGGCUUGACAUUUGCAAUCCUGGAUAUAUACUCAACAGAAUGUGUACAUAUAUAUUUCAAAAGAAAUGCACUAGAGUGCGUGUCCAGAGAAACACUGUUCCUAACAGCCCCAAACUGGAAAGAGCCUGAAUGCCCGUGUGGAAGAGAUAAGCACAAGAGGGUGAGUCACAGGAGGGUAUACUCUACCCACAGCCCACAGCAUUUCACACACCCGGUUGGGGUGAGAACCUGGAAGACCAGCCCUGCAAUCAUUUUCACACAGUCCAAAGCCUGGCAGGAGAAUCCGUGGUGUUCCAAGGAGGGACAGAGGCUGUUCUCAAAUGCCCAACAGAGAGGGGACGUGUGAGGGGCUUCACAAAAGUUCUGGCUCUGGAUCUGGCAGCGGGUCACCUGGGUAUGUUUAGUUUGUGAAAUUUCUCCCAGCUGUUCCCUUUUGGGUGCUUUCCUGUAUGUGUGUUAAUCUCAAUAAAACGUUGGGGUUUGUGACUCAA